CCUCAGUGCGUCCUCCCGAUAAGUCCUCUCCACCACCUGGAACACCUGGCCCAACAGGGUGGGGGCUGUUGCCUCAAAGGGUGGAUACAGGGCGGCGAGAGUGCUCUGCACACAGUCCUCCACUGGCUCAGGCUCCAUGGCUCGGCGCCGGGCCGCGUCCGACGCUUGGUCGGGCGGGCGGGGCCGGGCGCGCCACCGCCUCCCUCCCGCCGCUCGUGUCUCGCCGGGUCUGGCUAAGGGACAGCUCCGGCCGCGGUGGCGGCUCGGCCCGCUCCGGCUUCCAGGCCGCGGGGCCCCGCCAGGGAGGGCCGAGACGGCCGCCCCUCCCCGCCCCGCCCUUCAGCGCCCGCCCCCGCCUCCGCGCGGGACCCCUUGCCGGGACUCUGUCUCCCGCGCCGAGACUCUCUGCCGCUCCCCGGGCGUCCCCAGCCUAUCCGUCCCGUUCGCCGGCAACCUUCUUUCUUCUCCGCCCCGCCCUCCAGCGGGUAACCUCGACCCUGACCCUCGGAGGCCCGCCCAGCCGAGGAUGCCCCUCUUUUCCCGCCACGGCCUCGCUCCCCGCGGGAUCAGUUUAGCCUCGGCAAGGGAUGCUGCAAAGGCUGGGGCGUGCGUGAAUUCCCUGGGGCCGCCCCUUCCCAGAACUGGGGUCUUCCUGCGGCUGGAAAGCCUCUCCGCUCUAACUCGCCCGGGACCCUCUUCUCCCAUCGGUUUCUAG